AUGGAGCAGCUUCUAGAACCUGAACGUAUGAUAGUUUUCCGAGUUCCAUGGAUAGAUGACCGUGGUGAAACACAUGUAAACCGCGGCUUUAGAGUUCAGUUCAAUCAGGCACUGGGUCCAUGUAGGGGAGGUAUUCGAUUUCAUCCAUCCAUGAACUUAAGCAUUGCCAAAUUUCUUGGCUUUCAGCAGACGUUGAAAAAUGCUCUGUCACCAUAUAAACUGGGAGGGGCUUCAGGUGGAAGCGAUUUUGAUCCUAAAGAAACAAGUGACAAUGAGGUGACAUCUUGGCCCCUUGCAUUUUUGACCCGCAAGUGA